AUGGAUUACGAAGGUUCUGAGCCUCCGCCACCAUACACUCCAAGCUCACAGGCUACUCCUCUACCUUCUUACGAGCCCUGUGCACAUCGCCCAAGAGAUGAGUGCGUACCGCCAAAGAAGCCCAUAUAUUUCAAAUCCGUCCAAGGAAUAGAUCAUCUAACACCAAAAGAUACGGGUCUCAACAGGUAGACAUGUCUCUAUUGCUAUACCAAACCUGUCAAAUACAAAGCAGGCAACAGUGAAAACAGGCCUUUCUGCAAAGUUUGUCGUCGUGACAUGUGGACAGCGGAAAAAGAGGAACAACUUUGGUCUCCAGAAGCGGAAAGAUCAUACAACAGAACCAAACAGAAGCUAGGGAGGGAAACCUGGCUUUGUGGAAAUAAUGAGUGCUGCAUGUCAAAGCCCGAAGAACAAUACAAGGUCAAAUCUUAUGUUGGACGAAGAUGUAGUUACUGUGGAAACGAUAUGGAAUCUCGGAAGUUCCAAAAGACGAAAGCGAAGAAUGAGGAAAAGGAGGAGUCUGAACGAAAGAAGAAACAACUUAAAAGGUUACUUUGA